AUGGCCGCCCGAGUGAACGAACGCACCGACGACCCUAGCGUCAUCGUCGGCCUUGCCUGUCGAGUCCCAGGAGCCAGCACCCCGAGUAAGCUCUGGGACAGCAUCGCUGAGCAGCGUGAUGUUCAGAAGAAGAUGCCCAAGGACAGGUUCAACGUGGAUGCCUUUUUCCAUCCCGAGCCUACGCACAAGGCCACUACCAAUGCUCGCUUCGGCUACUUUCUCGAUCAGGAUAUUGGGGAAUUUGACGCUGGUUUCUUCGGCAUCUCUGGAAAAGAAGCCGAGGCCAUGGAUCCUCAGCAGCGGCUGCUGCUCGAGGUCGUCUACGAAGCUCUGGAGAAUGCUGGAAUCACUCUCCAGGAGAUCCGGGGAUCUUCCACUUCCGUAUUCUGCGGCUGCUUUACCAACGACUACAACUCCAUGUUGACCAAGGACCUGGAAUACUAUCCCAAGUACACUGUCACCGGCACUGGAGACGCCAUUCUUUCCAACCGAAUCUCGUACUUUUACGAUCUCCAUGGUACCAGUGUCACAGUCGACACUGCCUGCUCUUCGUCGCUGGUCUGUUUUCAUCUCGGCAACCAGACGUUGCAGAACGGCGAGUCCGACAUCUCCAUCAUUGUUGGCUCGUCGCUGCACUUUGACAGCAACAUCUUCGUGACCAUGACCGAUCUGGGCAUGCUUUCCACCAGCGGUCGCUGUGCGGCUUUCGACUCCUCCGGCAGCGGCUACGUCCGCGGUGAGGGUAUCGCCUGCGCAAUCCUGAAGCGCAAGUCUGGUGCGCUUUCCAACGGCGACAACAUCCGCGCUGUCGUCCGCGCGACUGGCACGAACCACGACGGCAAAAAGAAUGGCAUCACGCUGCCCAACUCGGUGGCCCAGGAGCAGCUCAUGCGCUCCACCUACGAGAAGGCCGGACUGCACCCCAAUGACACGCAAUACUUUGAGGCUCACGGUACUGGUACCGCUGCUGGCGAUCCUCUCGAGACUCGCGCCAUCGGCGCCGUCUUUGCCCCUGGCCGUGAGGAGCCCCUCUACGUCGGUUCCGUCAAGACCAACAUUGGCCAUCUCGAGGGCGCUUCCGGCCUGGCCGGUGUCAUCAAGACCACCCUGGCUCUUGAGCGCGGCCUCAUCCCUCCCAACAUGCACUUCAAGAAUCCCAACCCCAAGAUCGACUUUGACAACUGGAAAAUUGCUGUUCCCACCAACGUCACCGAAUGGAAGGUCCCUGAAGGUGUUUCUCGUCGUGCCAGUAUCAACUCCUUUGGCUACGGCGGCACCAACGCUCACGUCGUGCUUGAAGAGUACACCAAGGGUGACGAAUUGCCAGCGCCGAUUGCCUCGGAGCCAAUUGCGAACGGUGUUCACUCCCGUCCGUAUCUUGUUCCCCUGACCUCCCACUCGCCCAAGGCCGGCGAGCUCUCCGAGGAGACCUUGUCCACGUAUCUGGAGAACUCCGACGUCACGAUUGCCGACCUCGCCUACAGUCUGUCUACGCGCCGCACCAUGCACAGCCAGCGCUCCUUUGUCGUUGCGAGCGACUCCACCGGCCUGGGGGAACAGCUACGCACGCCUCGUCCCGCCGCCCCUUGGACCGCGGCCAUGAACACGGCCCCCCGGCUCGGCUUCAUCUUCACCGGACAGGGUGCUCAGUGGUACGCCAUGGGUCGCCAGCUCAUUGACGAGUGUCCGCACUUCCGCCAAAGCCUGCAUCGCUGCGAUACAGUACUGAAAGAGCUGCCGGACGGCCCGGAGUGGUCAAUCGUCGCGGAGCUGAGCAAGACCAAGGAAACUUCCCUUCUCGGCGAGACGCUCUACUCUCAAACCAUUUGUACCGCUCUGCAGCUGGCGCUGAUCGAUCUCAUGGGAACAUGGGGUAUCAAGCCUUCAGCCGUCGUGGGCCAUUCUUCCGGUGAGAUGGGGGCUGCGUACGCCGCCGGCAUUCUCACUUUUGAGGGCGCCCUCAUCGCCGCCUAUUAUCGAGGUCGCUACAUGUCUGCGAGCCGGGAUGACGGCGUUCGAGGAGGCAUGAUGGCCGUCGGGCUGCCGGAAAGCAAGUGUCUGGAGGAGCUCAAGCCCUUUGCUGGCCGCUUGACCAUUGCCGCCGUCAACAGCCCUUCCACCAUGACCGUCUCCGGAGAUGAAGACGCCAUACAGGAGCUCAAGGAGAAGCUGACGGAGAAGAAGGUGUUCGUCCGCCAGCUCAUCGUCAAGCAGGCUUUCCACUCCCACCAUAUGUUCCCUCUUGCACCUGCGUACGAGAACGCGCUGAAAAACAAUUCAAGCUUCAAGACGCAGCCUGCCAAGUGCCGCAUGUUCUCAAGCGUCACGUCCCGCCUCGCGGACCACGAGAAGAUGGGCGCUUCGUACUGGGCAGCCAACAUGGUUCAGGCCGUGCGCUUCUCUGAUGCCCUCACUGGCAUUCUCCUUGAUGAGCAGGAUGACAAAAACAUUGACGUUUUGGUUGAGAUUGGUCCUCACCCGGCCCUGAAGGGACCUGCUCGCCAGACCGUUCAGGCGCUUAAGCUUGAUCUGCCAUAUGUUGCCUCCCUCACCCGCGGUGUGCCCGACUUUGAAGGCCUCCUGAGCAUGGUGGGCACCCUCUUCUCUCUGGGCUAUCCCGUUGAUCUGGUCUCCGCAAACGAGAACCUCAGCCGCGCAGCGGACGGCUCCCUGGUCAACACCCCGACUGGCGAUAAGCUCGCUGACCUGCCCACAUACACGUGGGACCAUCGUCGCUACUGGUCCGAGACCCGCCACAUCAAGGAGCACCGCCAGAGGGAGUUUCGCCACUCGACCCUGGGCCACCGCGUUGCUGGUUCCAUCGCCAAGCACCCCAUCUUCCGCAACUACCUGCGCAUGAGUGAGCUGCCCUGGCUGAACGAGCACGUUGUUGAGAACAAGAUUGUGUUCCCCGGUGCCGGGUACAUCAGCAUGGCCAUCGAGGCUGUCAUCCGCACCGACGAGAUUGACAGUGUCAAGAUGAUCCACUUCAAGGACAUUGUCGUCAAGAACGCGCUGCUGAUACCAAACACGGAUGAGGGGGUUGAGGUUCUCCUGGAACUCAAGCCGGUGACCCUGUCUGCCAAGAGCCACUCUGACAACUGGUACGAGUUCAAUGUCUUUUCGUACGACGAGACCUCCAACUGCACGAGCCACUGCCACGGCAUUAUUAGCGUCGAGAGGGGCGACGCCGCUCCUCUCGAGUAUACCGCCGCCUAUCCUGAAGGCACCUCUUUCGCAGACCUGCGCAAGAAGACGUACCGCUCGAUGCCCGUCGGCAGCUUCUACAAGAACAUGGCUGAACUCGGUCUUGCUUACGGCGAAAAGUUCCGCCUGCUGAAGGGCAACGUCGAGAGCGGCGUUGGCUUCUCCGUCUGUGACCUUGUCUUCGAGCCAUCCGUCCUGCCAAACGACGCUGGUGAUGAGACAGUCCUGCAUCCUACCCUCCUGGACUCUUUCUUCCACGUCAUCUACCACGCCAUUGAAGACCGCCUUGGCCGUCCCAUUGACGAGCCCUACGUCCCGUCCUUUUUCCGCUCUCUGGCCAUCUCGGGCAACUUCUUCGACUGGAAGAACAACAGGGCCACCAAGCACUUCCAAGUCGGUUCCUUCACGCAGCUCCCGUCUCCCCGCGUCGCCAUCAACAACAUGAUGAUGCAGAACGACCAGGGCGAGCUCAUGAUGGAGAUUGCCGGCCUCGAGGUCACGUCUCUCGGGCGUGAGGCCCCCGAGGGUCAAGGUCCUCGCGUGCUAUUUUAUCGCCAGCGCUGGCAGCCGUGCUUUGACAUGAUGACCAAUGUCAAGGGGAAGCCCCUGUCGGAUGUUGUGGAUAUCUUCGCCCACCAGUUUCCCAACACCACGAUCCUGCACGUCACGUCGGAUCUGGAGCGCACGAGGGAAGUUGUCCGAUCUCUGGGCGCUGGCAAGGGUGAGCGCCGACGCUUCAAGAAACUCGACGUUUGCUCGCUGCAGGGCAAGGAGUUUGCUGAGGAGGCGGCUGAGGAGCUGUCCAAGAUCUCUAGGGGUCUUGUCAGCGUUGCCGAGCCCCAGGCUGGCUCCUAUGAUCUUGUCAUCGUCAGCGAGGCCGGCGUUGAUGCCACUUCUUUCAUGAACGACAGCGGCUGUGUCCUCCUCGACGGCCAGAACGAAGCUGCUGCUGCUGGUUUCCACGAGGUCUUCUCCGGGCCCGUCUGCGCGGCCCUUCGCAAGGCCGCCGAGCCUUUCGAGCUGCCGUCUGAGGUUUCCGUCGUUGUGCCUGCCGGCAGGCUUUCUGACCGCGCUUCUGCCAUCCUCAGCGAGUUGCAAUCCGCAUACAGCGGCAGAAUCACUCAAACCACUUUCGCCGAGCUGGCUACCAGCACUGCCGUUCUCUCGGACGAUGUCGUCGUCCUGGCUUGCUUGGACGAGUCUGCCUCAGACAGCGCCGUCUUCGAGGGUGCACAGGCCCUGCUUGUGUCUCUCGAGAAGAACACCAUCUGGUUGACCGAGAGUGCCACCCUCGAGGCCGGUCGCCCGGAAUGUGCCAUGUACAUGGGUCUCGUCCGCACAGCCCGGUCUGAGAACGAUACUCUCCGUGCUGUGACGUUCGACUUUGGUCUCGAAUCCUCUGCCCAGUCCGUGGCAGCCAACAUGUUGCGCCUCCUUGACAGCAGAAUCACCGAGGAUGAGGUUACGGAGCGCAACGGCACCUUCUACAUCCCCAGAGUCGAGGCUGACGAUGACCGCAACUGCAAGCUCAGGAACGGCCCCAACCAGGAGCCUCGCCUGGAGCCGCUCAGGACGCCCCAGACCAGAAACCCCGUUGCUCUCAGGAUCGGCAAGGUUGGUCUGCUGGAGACUCUAUACUUUGGCGAAGAUACGGAAAUCAUGGACUGCGAGAUCAACGACAACGAGGUCGAGAUCGAGACCAAGGCCUCUGCCAUCAACUUCCGCGACAUCGCCGCCAGCAUGGGCAUCAUCGAGGACUUCAAGCUUGGUGACGAAUGCGCCGGCAUUUGCACCAAGGUCGGAGCCAGCGUCACGGACUUCAAGGUCGGCGACCGUAUUGUAGCUCUCCGUCCCGGCCAGGGCGCACACAGGAGCGUGGUGCGCAACCCUGCUUCGUGGUGCGCCAAGGUCCCUGACAGCCUGUCUUAUGCGGACGCGGCCGCCAUGCCCCUGAUUCUGAGCACCGCUUGGUUUGCUCUGGACCACACGGCGCGACUUGGCAAGGGCGAGACGGUUCUUAUUCACGCCGCCGCUGGUGGUGUCGGUCAGAUGGCCGUCCAGAUUGCUCAACGCGCCGGUGCUCGCAUCCUCGCUACCGUCGGCUCUCCCGCCAAGCGACAGCUCCUGAAGGACGUCUAUGGCCUUACCGAGGACCAGAUGUUCUCGUCCCGAGACGCCUCGUUCGCCAAGGGCGUCAUGGAGGCUACCAACGGCAAGGGCGUCGAUGUUGUUCUCAACAGCUUGGCUGGUCCCCUCCUCCACGCCUCUUGGGCUUGUCUUGCUCCCUUUGGCCGCUUCCUGGAAAUUGGAAAGCGUGAUAUCCACGAGAACAGCAAGAUUGCUAUGGACCCAUUCCGACGGAACGUCCUCUUUGCCUCGAUCGACCUCGUCACCAUGUUUGAACAGAACGAGGCUCUCGGCGAAAAGCUGUUCAAGGAAUGCUGUGCCUUGAUCGCCAACGGCGAAAUCAGGGCGCCCGCCACCAUCAAGGAGGUGGCCUACUCGGAUGUCAUCCAGGGCUUCCGUCUGCUGCAAAAGGGCAAGCACACCGGCAAGGUUGUUCUUGUUCCCCAUCCUGAGGACAUGGUCCCCGUUAUGCACAGCGGCUACCGCCACGUCAAGCUCUUCAACUCGUCCAAGCACUACCUUCUCGUCGGCGGUCUUGGCGGUCUGGGGCGAACGCUCUCGCAGUGGAUGGUGCGGAAGGGCGCCAGGAAGCUGGCCUUCCUCUCUCGAUCUGGUGCCGACAAGUCCGAAGCCAAGGCCACGAUUGACUGGCUCACCGAGCGCGGCGUCGAGGUCAACGUCCACCGCGGCGAUGUCUCCAGGCGCGCCGAUGUCCAGCGCUGCAUCGACGCCAUUGGCUCCGACCUCGGUGGCGUCUUCCAGGCCGCCAUGGUCCUUCAGGACAAGCCUCUCGAGACCAUGACAUACAAGCAGUGGCAAAGGUGCUGCCAGCCCAAGGUUGAGGGAACAAAGAACCUCCACGAGGCAACUCUCGGCAUCGACCUAGACUUCUUUAUUUGCUUCUCCUCUCUGGCUGCCGUUGCCGGCUCCAAGGGCCAGGCCAACUAUUCAGCUGCCAACUGCUACCUCGAUGCUCUCAUGCGUCACCGCCGCGAGCUUGGCCUCAAGGGCACGACCAUGAACGUUGGUGCCGUCACCGGCGUCGGUGUCGUGGCCGAGAACGAAGAGCUCCAGAAGAUUAUGCUCCGGAUGGGCAUGGACACCAUCAACGAAGACGAGCUCCUCUUUCAGCUCGAGGAGGCCGUCAUGGCCGAAGAGUCCGCCCCGGCCCUGACUGCCCGUGGCUGCACUGGCCACCAGAUCAUCAGCGGCGUCGGCCUCAUCUCUCCCGAGGUCUACUGGGCCAGCAAACCCCUGAUGAAGAACCUUUACUCCAACCACGAUUUCGGAGCCGAGGGUGCCGGCCAGGCUUCCAAGAACCUGCUGGCACUCUUGAGGGAGGAGCCCGACGUGGAGAAGAAGACUGAGAUUCUCCUAGACGGGUUCUUGGAGAAGAUUGCAAGCGUUCUGGCCACACCCAGAGAAUCCAUCCUCCCCGGCAAUCCUCUUUCGGCCUAUGGCUUGGACUCCAUCGUGGCUGUCGAGUUCCGAAAAUGGUUCCGAAAGGAGGCCCAGGUCGACAUUGCCCUCUUUGACAUCCUCGGCGCCGCGUCCAUCAACGCACUGGUGUCCAAGACUGCCCGCAUGGUGACGACCAAGACGGCGACCAAGGAGGCUGCCACGGACAAGUCCGACAAGAAGGCCGUCGCCGAGUCCAAGAGCAGCGAGGAGGAGAGCACGGUCUCCGCCAUGGCCACUGGCCAGCUCACCAAGUCGCAGCCAACCGAUGUCAUUCCUCUAUCCACCUUCCAGUCUCGCCUCUGGUUCGUGCACAGCUUCCUCGAGGAUAAGUCCUUCCUCAACUUGCCCAUUGUUCUCCGGAUGAAGGGCAAGCCUGACUACCCUGUCCUGCAAAGGGCCAUCCACGAAAUGGCUGUGCGAAACCCUGCCCUGCGGACGGCUUAUUUCGAGGGCGACGACUUUGCCGUGCAGGAGCCUCUGGAGGACUUUGAUCUCGGCAUCGACUACAGGGACUUAAGCAAUGAAUCCGACAAGGAGGAAGCUCUGCAGGAGUUUGUCCGGUACAACCGCAGGAUCGAGAUGAACGUCGAGGGCGGAGAGGUGGCCACCUACUCACUCGCCAAGUUGAGCGAGGAGGACUGGGCCAUUGUUGGCAUGACGCACCACAUCUCCAUCGAUCGCGCCAGCUUGUUUCCCAUGAUGUCCCAGUUUGUCGCCGUCUACGACGCCAUCCGCACUGGUCAGGACCUCGCAACUGUCUCAGCCCCUGAGUUCAGCUACGUCGACUUUACCCUCUGGCACAACGCCCGUCUGGCCUCGGACCUGAUGAAGCCAGACCUCGACUGGUGGUGCUCGACCCUACAGGGCCUGCCCCAGUCAAGCAAGGUGCUCCCCUUUGCCAAGGGCGAGCGUCCUGCGCGCAGCGAUCCGCAUCGCCACAAGGUCAAGGCCAACCUGGACGCGAAGCUGUUUGCCCGCAUGAAGCGCAUCGCGGCCCAGUCCAGCGGAACACCCUUCCACUUUGUCCUGGCCGCCUUCCGAGCCUUCAUCUACCGGUACACCGAGGAGAAGGACCUGGUCCUCCUGGUGGUUGACGGCAACAGGCCCCACCCCGACACUGACCCCCUGAUGGGCUUCUUUGUCAACUUGGCGCCUGUGCGAUGCAAUGAUGACUGUGACGUGCCGUUUGACCAGCUGUUCCAGGCCACCAAGGCGCGCGCGCUCGACGCCAUGGCGCAUAGUGGUGUCCCUUUCGACACCAUUGUGGACAUCAUGAAGGUCAAGAAGAUGAGCAGCCACAUGCCGGUCGGCCAAAUCGCUGUCAACUACCAGAUCCACGGCCCCGUGCCAACCUACCAGACCGUCGACUUUGUGGUCGAGGAUAUCGAGUCCGACGAUAUUCCCACCGCUGCUGAUAUCCAGCUCGAGGCCAUUGAGACUUCCGAGCACAGUCUCGAUCUCAAGAUUGAGUACGCCACUGCCCUCUAUCACGACGCAGACAUGGAACGCUUCCUCGACAACUUCAACACGUUUCUCACGAGCUGCAUCAAGGACCACCGCCAGCCCAUUGACGAGGUCGGCAUGUGCGGGCCCCUCGAGGUCGACUUUCUGAAGAAGAACUACUGGAACACGGAGACCAGGGCGAACCAGUGGGAGGGAAGGGGGGUGCUCGAUGUGAUCUCCACGAUGGCAAGACAACACCCCCAAGCUACGGCGAUAAAAACUUCUGACUGCUGCAGCGUAUCCUACAGGCAGCUGAUCGAGAAGGCCGAGAGCGUGGCCUCUGAGCUCGUCGACGCCGGCGCCAAGCCCGGAGACCGUAUCGCGCUCAUCGCGCUCCCCGGUGUCGAGGCCGUGGCGGGCAUGCUGGGUGCCCUGAUGACGGGUUCCUGCUACGUCGCACUCGAUACCGACUUUGCCCACGACCGCCUCUCCUUCAUGAUGGCCGACUCCGGGGCCAGGAUCCUUCUUGUCGGACCGGGACAAGACGCUUUGGCCGCCGAGCUCCUGUCGAAAGUCGCCGUCCCCCCCCAGGUCGUCGGGAUCGAGGGGGCUGCAGCCGCCGGUCGGACCUUGGCGCGGCCGCGCGCCCGACAUCCCGACGACCCCUUUUACAUGAUUUACACCUCUGGAAGCACGGGCACUCCCAAGGGGGUGGUGCUGAAGGAAUCCAACACGCAAGCCAUGCUGAGCACCUUGAACAAAGACUAUGGCUUCACGGCCAACGACAACUUCCUCGCACACACGACCAUGUCCUUUGACCUCUCCGUUGUUCAAAUCUUCUCGGGCCUGACGGCGGGCGCCACCGUCUCGAUGGCCUCGUGGGAGGUUCGCAAGGACCCCGCCGCUCUGGCCGACUUUAUGAUGAAGGAGGGCGUCUCCGUCACUUACUUUACUCCUACGCAGUUCUCCCUCCUCGUGGAAGUCAACCCUGAAGCGCUCAAGAAAUGCUCAAAGUACAGGGUUGCCUACUUGGCCGGCGAGCGGCUUCCUGUGCGCGUUGCCAGGGCCUUUUACGACUUGGGGACCCCUGCGACUCUGUUCAACACCUGGUCGCCCUCUGAGCUCGUGGUGCAGACAGCCAUUGCCAAGAUCGACUGUCCGGAAGAGGGCAUCGUUAGCCUUCCCAUCGGCUAUCCCAUGGACAACUGCCGCCACUACUUGCUGGACACCAAGGGGAACCCCGUGCCGCUUGGCCACAUCGGAGAGCUCGUCGUGGGCGGCGCUCAGGUCGGGGCCGGCUACCUGAACCGCCCCGAAGCCAACGCCCGUUCGUUUGUCGACGACCCCUUUGCAUCCGAAGAGGACCGCAGGCGUGGUUGGAACAAGAUGUUCAAGACGGGCGACCGAGGCCGCUUCCGCACAGACGGCCAGCUCGAGUUUCACGGCCGCAUCGCCGGCGACAAGCAGAUCAAGCUCCGCGGCUUCCGCGUCGACCUCGGUGAGGUCGAGCAGGUUGUUUUCAAGGAGUCGCAGAGCUUGAGGAGGACCGGUGCCCUGAUAGACAUUGCCGUCGUCGCACGCGCCGUCGACUCGGAUGAGCAGGGACUCGUUGCGUUCAUUGUCCCCAAGGCCAGCGUGACCGACGAGAAUGACAAGGUGGCCAUCGUCUCUCACCUGCACCGCAAGAUCAAACCGCGCCUCAACUACUAUAUGCUCCCCAACGGCUACCAGUUCCUGAGCAAGCUGCCGGUCACCCUGGGCGGCAAGGUUGAUCGCCGGAACCUCCUGGAGCGCCCGCUUGAGCUCGUGCAUCCUUCAACGGCCAUGGUGCAACCAGGUAAGGCCGCAGUCAACGGAUCUCCGGGCGCAGCAGUGACGACGGGCGCCGAGGAUCUCGAAGCAACAAUCCUCGCCCUCUUCCGAGCAACACUCGGGACCGAGGUGGGCAUCAACGACUCCUUCUUCGAGAAGGGCGGCAACAGCAUCCUGCUGGUGCGGCUGCAAGCCAAGAUCAAGAAGCUGUUCAAGAUUGCGCCGCCGCUGCCAGCCUUGAUCCGGGAGCCGACGGCGGCGGCCGUGUGCGCGUACGUGAGGCGGGCCAAGGGGGGCGAUGCCGGCAAGAAGGGCGGCUUCGAGAACGUCAUCAGCUGGAGCGUCGAGACCAACCUACCCAACACGAGCCAGUUCACGCCACGAUGCGGCACGCCUCGCGUGGACCGCGACGAUGUCAAGACGGUGCUGCUCAUCGGCGGAGAGUCCUUCAUCGGCAUCCACCUGCUCUCCGAGAUGCUGCGGUCCAAGCCCGACGCCACCGUGCAUGUCCUCGGAUCGCUGGACAAGCUCGACGUGGCGCAGCUGACCAGCCUGCUGGAGAAGCACCGGCUCCUCGGCGACGGGCUGACGGCAGAGCAGGUGGCGGCGCGCGUGCGGUGCGUCGAGGGCUCGCUCAUCCAGCCCGGCCUGGGCCUGUCCAAGGCGGCCUUCCGCGAGCUCGGGUCCUCCGUGCAGGCCAUCUACCACCUGGGCGGGCACGUGUCGCUGCUCAAGACGUACUCGGCGCUCAAGCCGCACAACGUCACGCCCAUCUUCGACGUGAUCCGCCUGUCGGGCAUGGGCGCGCGCCUGUCCGAGAUCCACUACCUGUCGACGUGGUCGGUGGCGCAUCUGCAGACGUGGUCGGCGUCGCGGCGCACGCGCGACGACUACGUGACGGGCGAGGAGGACAGCGCGCACUUUACGCCGCCGACCGAGGACGACGCCGGCUACUUCAAGAGCCGGUGGGUGGCCGAGAACUUGCUGGUCAAGGCGGCGCGCCGCGGCUUCCCCGUCACCAUCACGCGCGCGUCGGCCAUUACGGCGGCGGCCCAGGGCACGGGCGUGCUGGACCCGGGCGACGAGUUCACCAUGCGCAUCGUCAUCAGCAUGAUUGAGUCGGGCAUGGUGCCGCAGAUUGGCCGUCCGGACCAGCCCAGCUUCGCCGUCGACGUCGUCCCCGUCGACUGGCUCGCCUCGAACCUACUGGCCCUCACCUCGCGCAAGGAGGCGCUGGCCCUGUCCGAAGCCGCCGGCGCCGGCGCCUCGUCCUCAUCCCCGCCCUCGCCCUCGUCGUCGUCGUCCUCCCUGUCAUCAUCAUCGUCAUCAUCGCCGUCGUCAGGGGCACCGCUCAUCUACCACAUCACCAACCCUCACCCCCUCCGCCUCAAGGACCUGCCGCAAAUCAUCGCCGACCUGCGCCCGGGCCAGGGCGAGCCCAGACUGGUGCCGCUCGACGACUGGCUGGGCGGCAUGGAGACGGCCGAGGGCGAGGACGCCGCGGGCCAGCUAGUGCGCAGCACCGUCAUCAAGCAGAACCUGUCGACGGGCAGCGUCAUGUUCAGCCUCGACAACCGCCGCACCAUGGCCACGCUCGACGCCCUCUGCCCCGGCGCCGUCGACGCUUGUCCGCCCGUCGACGCAACGUUCCUGAGCGGCCUGUGGCGGCGCCUGCGGAAGACCGAGAUAUAUCCUUUGACACGGCCUGAUUUGUGUCCCCCUUUCCUUGUUUCUGCCGCCUCUCGGCUUGCUGCUACUAGGGGAUACUGUGCAUGA